AUGGCGGAGUCCCAGGUGCUGCUGCUGGACGAGCUGCACGUCAACGAGAAGGUGACGGAGGCCCAGGCCCGCUUCUACUACAGCGAGGAGCAGCGCCGAGCCCUGGAGGCGCUGGUGACCCGCGGCGAGGCCGCGUACCGGGAGGCGCUGAGGAAGGAGCAGCUCCGCGAUUUCCUCUCCGGCCGGGAGCUGCAGGACCUGAGGGGCGGCUGGCGGGGCUACGACGACCCCCGGGAGGGCGGCAAGGUGGCGCGGGGGCCCGGCGGCGAGACCCUCUCGCUGGCCUACUGGCCCGAGUGCUCGGACACCGAGGUGCCCCCGCUGGACUUGGGCUGGACCGACAAGACGUUCUACCGGGGUAUCAGCAGGGUGUCCCUCUUCACGCACCCGCGCAAGGAGGAGAGCGCGCCGCACCUGAAGGAGGUGGUGCGGGACAUGAUCCAGCAGGCGCAGAAGAUUAUUGCAGUGGUCAUGGAUGUGUUUACGGACCGGGACAUCUUCCGCGAUAUCGUCGAUGCAGCGUACAAGCGCUGGAUCCCCGUCUAUAUCAUCCUGGAUGAGGAGGGAGUCAGGCUCUUCCUGGAAAUGUGCAGAUGCCUUGACCUCAGUGACUUGCAGAUCCGGAAUGUCCGCAUACGCUCUGUGACAGGAGUUGGGUUCUACAUGCCAUCAGGGAAGAUCAAAGGCACACUGGCAUCCCGAUUCCUGAUGGUGGAUGGAGAAAAGGUGGCCACUGGAUCAUACAGCUUCACAUGGACUUCAUCUCACAUUGACAGAAACAUCCUGCUAGUCUUGACAGGACAGCACGUGGAGAUGUUUGACAUUGAGUUUCGUGAGCUCUACGCCAUCUCAGAGGAAGUUAAUUUAUACAAGGAACUGGGCAUUGCUAACCCAUUCCUCCAUGGAAUUGGGAAGCCAGGCUUUCAUUCCUCCACCGUGGCUCGGAAGUUCAUUAACCCAAAGUAUGGUUUAGUAGCAGGGGCAACCCGUGGUGAUAUGAUGCUCUGGGCUUCACGGCACAGGCAAGACCAUCAGGGAAACAUGGAAAAGGAGGAAACAAGUGAGUCAAAGAAACGGUUAAAUCAGUUCCUGAAUGACUUAGUCACAUUGGAGCAAGUGUUCCCAGAAAUAGAUCCACCUCUGGAGAACUUGAACAAGCUGAAUCGGAGCCCCCAGAAACUGUUGUCCCGGCUCCACAUGGACCUGAAAAAUAAAUCCAAAUCCAGAGAGUCCAUCCGUGACAUAAAGAAGGAAGAUGCACAGAGCAAUGCAAAGCAAGGGAAGCGGUUUGCCAGUGGGCUUUUCAGUCGCAAGGCCAAGCGCUCUCCAGGCUCAAGCAUCGAGGCCAAUUCUUUUGCCAGUGAAGGACAUUCAGGAGAAGACCUUGGGAACAUGAAACUGGAAUAUGAGAGGCUCAGCAUUGGCCAUGCUAGUGUUCGGAGCACUGGAGGCAACUCAGGUAACCUGAAUCCAAACUCCACUAUGAGCGAUAAAAACAAACAAUCUACCUGCGUGUUAUCUUGAUUGGGAAGGAUUGUCUGGAGAACUAAAGACUGAAUCACAAGCUGCAACAGUAACUUCUUGAUUGAUUUUGAACCUACUGCCAUAUCCUCAUGCAGUGGUCUGUAAAGCCACUGCAGGUCCUGGAUGCAUCUGGCACCCCUGGCUAAAGCACAUUUACUGGGUGAUGAGCAGACUUUGGAUAGCUGGUCCCUUAAAUGAGGGUUAGUGAUGAAUGUAUUAGUCCAUA